AUGUCAUCUCGUGCGAUCCGGAAGCUUCAAAAGCUGCGCGAGCAGGAGCUGCUGCAGGAACAAGAGCAGCAAGAUGAGUCAAGCGACGAGGAACCCCCACGCCCCACCAAGCCCAAGUUUAACGCUUUCGAUCUGCUGAACGCUGACGAUGAUGAUGACGAUGAAUCCGAAGACGAUACCCAGGAAGCUGUGGUUCAACUCCCUCAACCCGACCCAGCGCCCAUAGAGCCAAAGAACGCUAGCAAGAAAAAGAAGAAGAAGAAGAAGGCCAAGGCGACAGCCUCUGCUGAACCAGGUCGGGGUCAAGCAGACGAUGCAGAACUUGACGAGAUUGACCAAGCUUUGAAGGACCUUUCUACUGACGGACAACCGUUGGCUAAGACUGGAUUGGCGCCAACCAGUGGUGAUACUUCUGGUGCCUCGUUUGCUAGAACCAGGGACGAAUUGCUGGCUAUCGAACCCAAGUUUCUGAACGCUACGAAUGAGAUGAGACGACUUUUUGGAAAUGUGGUCUUGGAAAACUUUGACCAACCCGCAGAUUCAGGAACAGGUCGUCGGCGAGAUCGAAACCAAGAGAUGGUCGAUCUUGGUCGCGCCUUAACGGGGAGAUAUAGCCCGGCCAGCCGUGGCCAAAGCCUAGCCGGUGUCACAUUACGACGGAACACCUUGAUGCAAGGCAAGGAUGAGUGGCCACGAUCUCCGAGUGGAGGUCUGGGUAUGGAAAUGGUUGAGAAAUUGUCUUCAGGCGAUAUAUUAUAUCGUAUUGUCCACAAUGCAGCCUAUGAAGACGUUCAGAGACAAUUCGAGCUUUGCGUUGAAUCAAUGGAUCCUCAACGUCUUAUCCAUCAUCUCCAAUAUAAUCCAUAUCACAUCUCCACUCUUCUUCAGGUCUCUGAGAUUGCAAAGCAUCAGGGUGAUCACGCCGUUUCGGCAGACCUCUUGGAGAGGGCUUUAUUUAAUAUCGGACGCUCUGCGCACUCUUCCUUUAACAGUCGUUUGAAGGAAGGCCAGGCAAGACUGGACUUUUUGCAAAUGGCAAAUCGAGAGUUGUGGCUUGUUGGGUGGAGGUAUAUCGCAAACUUGGGAAUGAAAGGGACUUGGAGGACUGCCUACGAAUGGGCCAAGCUGUUGUUAAGCUUGAAUGACUCCGAUCCCUACUGCAUUAAGUUGCUGAUAGACCACCUAGCUCUGCGAGGCAGAGAGUACUCCCAUUUCGUUGAUCUUUGUACUCAAACGCGAUUCAGUCGCGAUUGGGACAAUUUACCCAACAUCCAAUGCUCGUUAGUCAUGGCCUAUCUCAGGCUGAACAAGCCUAAGGAGUGUCGCCAGCAGCUUCAGCGUGCCAUGUCUCGCUACCCUUGGAUAUUCAAUAGGCUAGCACAGGAACUGGACCUACACCACAUUCCCAAGCAAAUUUGGGGCAAGAUGCCCCCGGCGGGUUCCCAUGAACUCCUUACUGAGCUCUACAUUUCUCGUGCGAAGGACCUCUGGAAUACACCUGAGACUGUUUCUCUCAUCGUUGAAGUUGCAGAUACUCUUCCUGAUGAACCGGAGCCCAUUGAUCCUCCCGAUAUCACUUUGGAUAUUGCUCGUCAUGUGGUUUUAUCCGAUAUCCCGAAAGUAACAACUCAUCUUCCCAACCGCUUUGUGUCUGGACGAAUGUCCGCUUCAGACCCUCUGCCGCCGUACGAGUCCGAGGCUUUUCGGCAGCAGACUGAUCCAACACCAUCGUACCUGCAACAGCUUCCAGAAGGCAGAAGACCCCAGUGGCUUCGGGACCUUCUUGACCAGUUGAACAACGGUGGUCUCCAUUUCCCCGGAUUUCAAGGGGGUGAUGGCGGCGAUGGAGGUGCAGAUGGCGAGAACAUGUCAGAAGAUAGCCCCGAUGAAGCUCAGCCCAGCGGUCGAGCGCGUGCCCUAGCCGGUGAUCAGCAGGUCCUCGAGCAAUGGCUUCUCUCAGAUGGAUUGGAGUCUCUGCAACUAUUCCUGCACGAGUACGGUGUUGAUCGAGGCAAUUGGGGAGAUGUGGUGGACUACGCUCCUUUGACAGACUACCUUGAGGCCCUUCAGGAGAUUCAACCUGAGACGUCUCGACAAAGGUUACUGCGCGGGCCGAUACAGGAGAUUAUUGGUGACUUCGCGGUGUCUAUGUUGGAAGACGAGCUAGAGAUGAUGCAGGAAGAAAUUGCGUCUGAAAAUAGUGCUUGA